GUCUCCAGUACUUCUGAUUCUGAAGUUUUAGUCAUAUCGUGAUCCAAGAUAGAUAUUCGUCCAGUGUGUUUCCUCGCUGUAAGAAGCUUGAGCUUGUAAUUUUUCCCAAUAGAAUUUUACACCUCGCCUCCGAUCGCGGUCGCGUAGAGAAAUCGCAUAAGUACUCGACGCAGAUGCAACACAGAAGACAUUCAUCAUGUGGCAGCACGUUCGGCGCACGCUUUCCCGGUGGUUUCGCACGCAACACCGCGGUCGCAGAUGGAAUUGGUUUCAGGGUUACUUCUCCUUCACCAUUCUGCGCACCCCUUUCGGCUCCAUCCGGUUUAGCAGACAUAUCACCGCCUGGAAAAGCUUUUUCGGAUUCUUUUUCUCCCUACUUUCCUUCGUUAUCUACAUGCUGUACCGGCACGACCCACAGAAACUGGAGGACUUUUACUUUUUCAACAAGCAGUUUUUCGGCGCGAAGACCGCAACGCCCGUCUUUGAGGAAGUUCCGUCGAAUGUAAAUAUCCUUUUCCAAGAGGAAGCAGAGGAACUUGCCACGGCAACUCGAUCGGGAACUGCGAGGAGGAAGGUAGGAGCCCCUUCUUCAAAGAAACGAGACUAUGUACACAAGCUGGAAGUGAUCAGAGCCUAUCCGCACGCGGAAACCAGUUUCACGCAAGGGCUAUUCGUGGACGAAAAUAUUAGCGGAACAUCACCAGCACCAGGUGCGAGCCCAGCAUCUCCCACCGACCGGCCCGCGGACGAUGAUUUGGUUUUUGUCGAGUCGCUUGGCAUUUACGGGGAAAGCGCGUUGCAAAAAAGACGGCUGUCCGACGGCAAACUGUUGAAACGCAUCGACAUGGGCAGCACUACAGCAACUACUUCUGCUGACGACGCAAUAGAUGAAGUGGACACCGCGACCGCAGCAGCCGCGUCCAGUUUUUUCGAAUACAAGCAGGCGCAACACGAGUUCGGCGAGGGAGCGACGUUUUUCAGAAACUUCUACUGGCAACUUGUGUGGCAGAAGGCUGAAAUACACCAGUACGACGAAAAUUUCCGGCGUAUAGCGACGUUCGAGCUGAAAAACUUCGAUUACAAGGAUGGCUGGGGCCUGACGAACGACGAGAACUUUCUCUACGCGACUGAUUCGGGUGACAGGCUGUACAAGCUGGAGCUCGAGUACGAGACUCGCACGUCUUCUAGCACUGAGGUAGAGAAGGACCACGCUGCCGCAGGUUUGCAAACCGACAUUGGGCGGCCACGAAGAAUAACGGGCGUUCGCACUGUAACGGGCAUGAAAAUCAAGGCCAAGCACAACAAAAUUGUUCAAAUGGCGAACGAACUUGAAUUCAUUUCUGCACCGUUGUUUCGAAGUGGAGCUACGUCAGACGAUGCUGGUGGGACGUCGUAUUUUAGCUCAAGACAAAAAUCCCAACCCACGACGCCCGGUGAACUUUGGGCCAACAUUUACGGCAAGGACUGCAUUGCGCGUCUGAAUCCGGAAACGGGGAAAGUGAAAGGCUUCGUCCUAGGGUACGAUCUGCGCAUGGACCACGAGCUGGGACAAAAAGCUGAAGUCUUCAAUGGAAUCGCGUAUGAUAAAAAGUCCGGGCGGCUGUUUGUCACGGGCAAGCUGUGGAAUACUCUUUUCGAAGUGAAAGUCGUUAGUCUACCGCAGGACAAAUUGCCGUGGGACCUUGUGAAACAGCUGUGUGUACCUGUGAGAAACGUUUUUCAUUCAUAGCACUUUUUAGCGCGGACGACUCCGCAAGCACAAGCCCCAUCAAAAGCAU